AACAAACAACUCGAAAGUUGAAACUCGAGGGUAAAGGCGAGGGUAAAGGAGGUUGUAAACUGAUACUCACUCAUUAUAAACACUCCUUAGUGUGUGUGUGAUGGGGUCUAGGUGCAGUAUAUCAGCUAACAGUGGUUAUUGUGUUAAGGCUGGUGGUAGGAUAGUACCAAUACACACAACCAGCAGUGCUAAUGAUAAUGAGAAGCAAACUAAAGGUACUUUAGCAGGUUCCUCCAGUAGUGUCCAGUCCUUGUCCAUUCUUCAUUUCAAUGAUGUGUAUAAUAUUGAGGAGAGGGAGAGGGAGCCAGUGGGCGGAGCCUCAAGAUUUAAGACAGCAUUCAACAGCCUACAGUACAAGAACCCACUGGUACUCUUCAGUGGAGACGCACUAGCACCUUCAAACAUGAGUGUUGUUACUGAGGGUCGUCAGAUGAUUCCAGUAUUGAACUCAUUAAGAGUUAAUGUAGCACUGUAUGGUAACCAUGACUUUGAUUUUGGUGUUGAUCACUUGCUUGAUAUCACCAAGGAGACGCGGUUUCCAUGGUUACUGAGUAACGUCCAGUGCAUUAACACAAAGAGACAGUUAGCUAAUGGAAAGAAAUACGUAAUAAUAACCUGGAACAAUAUAAAAGUUGGUAUAUUAGGCCUGGUGGAGUGGGAGUGGCUGGAGACACUACCCACCAUCAGUACUGAGGAGGUGGUCUAUACUGACUUCAUAGAGUCAGCUAGAGAAUACAUACCAAUACUCAAGAAUAAUGGAUGUGAACUGAUCAUUGCAUUGACCCACAUGAGGACUCCUAAUGAUCUCAAGUUAUUCAAUGAAGUACCUGAAAUACAACUAAUACUAGGAGGACAUGAUCAUGAAUAUGAUUAUCAGUUUAACGAUGAUGAUACUAAAAAUAGAUUAUUUGUUAAGAGUGGAUCAGACUUUAGAGAAUUCAGUGAAAUUAACAUUAAAAUGACUCAACCAAUCACCAUUGAACUAGUGAAACACACAGUAACCAAGAAAUAUGAACAGGAUAAAGAGCUCCAGUGUAUUGUUGAAAGGUUUUCAGUUCAAGUAUCAAACGGACUAGAGGAGAAGAUUGGAGAGAUAGGCUGCCCUCUUGAUGGACGGUUCAGUAGCAUCAGAAGCAGAGAGACUAACCUUGGGAACCUGAUCACUGAUAUCAUGAGACACUGCACCAGCAGUGACCUAGCACUGCUUAACUCAGGGACACUGAGAUCAGAUACACUCCAUGAACCAGGGGACUUCAAACUGAAGGAUCUAAUGUCUAUUCUACCAAUGAUUGAUUCUCUGGUUGUCAUGGAGAUCAGAGGCCACCAGUUGCUCCUAGCACUAGAGAAUGGUGUGGGUGGUUACCCACGGCUGGAGGGGAGGUUCCCCCAGGUAUCAGGACUAUCAUUCACCUUCAACUCAAGAGCAGCUCCUAGGAGUAGGAUCAUUAGGACCAGUGUACUGAUUAAUGGAGAAAUGAUGAGAGAGGAUCAAGUUUACAAAUUAUGUACAAAGUCCUACAUAGCUGGUGGUAAGGAUGGAUACUCUGUAUUUAAAGACUGUAAUAUAAUAGUUGACGAGGAGAGUGGUAUCACAUUGACUACUUUAGUUAGAAACUACAUCAUCUCAAAAUACAAUAACAACAACGGUCUACACUCUGUCAGCAGCUGUUCACUGAACUGCAGGGAGUUCAUGGCUCCGGGAGAAAUCAAUCCAAUAAUUGAAGGAAGAAUUAACAUUAUUAAUUAAUAUAAUAAUUAUUGUCGUGUGAUAUAUUAUGAAUUCAUUUUU